CUUCUCGAAAAAUUCUGUCAUGAUUUGUGAUUUUGAAGAAUUUUCAUGGUGAACAGGAGAGAGAGGGCUGCCAGCGCCGUAAUGUCGCGGGGGUUUCCUCGGUCAGCCGCAUACAGUUGUGGAGGUUGGACUCUGCUCUAUGCGAGUUGUUCCCAAAUCAUUGGACAGUGUCAUUCUCGCCGGCUGCCUGCAUCCGAAAGACUCAUUCGACGCGCUCACCGUGAUUUGGGUUGUCUAUUCAUAGAGAAAUUGUUCACGAUGGUGAAAUUGCACAGUCAUAGGCGGCGCCAUAAUUUUCCCAGAUGCAUUUCUAAUCGACGCUCCAGAUUUACGAUUGCCGUCCUUCCCAAUUCGGUAACUACCUACAACCUAUUUGGGAAUAGCUUCAUAGAUGGCCUUACAAACCAAGCUAAUCGCUUCUUCGAUUCCUAAUCAUAAAUCACGCGUCUAGAUCUAUAUAUAUGUAGCUCUCCGACGUCACCUAUCAUUCCUAAAUUAUAAUCCUCACCAUCCUUAAACCUCACACAGACUUCACCAUGGCAGCCUGGACCCGCGUCGAAUUUCCCGCCUACGACGGCCUGCUCCUCCGCGGCAACCUCUUCCGCACAGAAACACCCAAUGCGCCCACGGUCAUUCUGACACAAGGUCUUGCACUGCUCAAGGAGCAUUAUCUGCAAAACUGGGCCACGCGUUUCCAGCAAGCUGGCUUCAACGCCCUCACCUACGACCACCGCAACUUUGGUCACUCUGAAGGCUCUCCUCGCAACGAAGUCGAUUUAAACGCGCAGGCUGAUGACUACUCGGCCGCUGUAACAUUUGUCAAGACCCUUGAAGGCGUCAACGCUGACAAGGUCUUUAUCUGGGGUAUUGGCCACUCUGGCGGUGCCGCAGGAACUGCUGCGGCCUUUGAUCGCCGUAUUUCAGGUGUCAUCCUAACCAUGCCCUCGCAGAGUGGCGAAUACGACUACAACAACUGGCCUCCGUACUUGCAUGAAAAGUAUGCCGAAACGCGUGCACUUGGUCGCGACGCAGCCAACGAAAAGGCCGAUUUUUGGCGCUUUUGGCCAGUGUCGGAUGUUGAUCGCACAGGCAAGGGCGAGUCUAUGCUGUCGGACGACACGGCGUACAACUGGGCGCAAGGUGCCUUCAAGUUGACCGAAGAGGGCGGAAACAAGUUUGACAACAAAGUCGCCAUCACAUCGCUGCACUCGAUUUACAAGGCUCGCCCCGGAGUAUACUUCCCCAAGAUCAGCCCUACUCCAGUGUUGCUCCUGGCAGCGACAGAUGAUCCCGUUGCGUCUUCAUACGCCACACAGGUUGAGACCUUCAAGACCAUGGCUGAGCCCAAGGAGUUUGUGGACUUGCAGGGACACCACUUGGCGGUGUACUUUGGAGAGCAGUUCGAGGUGGGUGUCAAGGCCAUGAUUGCGUGGUUGCAAAAGUAUAGUCAGUAGUAGAUAUAAUGUUGUAAUGAAUUCAUGGAAUGAACUUUCUCCAGGCAGCCUUGCACAUAUUUGAAAUCUUGCGAGGCCAUAUGUAUCCUUGUAAAGUCGCAUCGAUAUCUUUCCAGUCGCUUUUUUUAAUAUCAAGCGAUGUCUGCCAAAGUUUUGUAUAUCGCUGCUGGACGUCCGGCGUAGAAAGCGUGCCACCAAUGACCAGUAGCCAGAGGUACACAUCCUGGUAGACGGCCAAAUCUUGGGCUUCUAAGAGCUGAAGUAAUUUAAACGCGCAUGCAGAGGGGAUUCUGUGAUUCUGCCAAAUGUCCGUAUGCAUCAUGUAUGUGCAAAUGUACGCAGCAAGCGCGCAUGCUUGUAGAAGAGUGUUGGCAGUAGUCCUAGCCUUAUUCCAACAAUGAUAUAAACGGUCUUCAAUAAGAGCCUGCUGAUCAUCAAUGGUAGCCAUUGUGGCAGCGUCGUGUUUUGCAUCAGCAUUUUGGCAAGUGGCUUCGAGUUCCAUGAGCUGUGAGACAGCACCAACAAAAUCGUCGCCUAGCUGGUGACGUUGUCUCUGAAACCCAUGCGGCACAUUUUUCGGUGUGUUCGAAGUUGGCAGCGGGGAAUCAAUAAAAUAUGCACACUCGAAAACACGCGCCGUACCAAUAAGCAGCGAUGAAUUCAAGUCUUGCCAGAAGAUGGCUCGUCGUAGCUGGUCUGGUAGGUGGCUUUUGGUUUUAUCCGCCAGGGCGAGGAUAUUCUUGACGCCAAUUAGAUGCGUCUCCGCGCCGGAUAUAUUUUCUAGAUGGCACUACAAAGACUUGUUAGAUUGAAUCAAGAAACAUGAGACGCGUCGGCGGU